GUUUGGACGUUUGUUUUGUUGGAAUUCCUUUGGAUAUAGGCACAUCUUUUCGGUCUGGUACACGCCAUGGUCCUCGUCAAAUUCGCAAUGAGUCCUCCAUUAUCGGAGCUUUUAAUUGUUCUACAGGUGCAGCUCCAUUUGAAUCAUUACAGAUAGCAGACAUUGGUGACAUUAAUCUGAAUUUGUAUGAUUUGAAACAAGCUUGUAACGACAUCCGUGAAUUUUAUAGAACCAAAGUGUUACCAUAUAAUUGUGUGCCUCUUACUAUGGGCGGAGAUCAUACACUUUCUUAUCCAGUGUUACAGGCCAUCAAGGAGAAACAUGGUGCAGUUGGUAUGGUUCAUAUUGAUGCUCAUCCAGACACUUUAGGUACUAUGAUGGGUAAAGAUGUUGCACAUGGUACACCGUUUUUAAGAUCUGUUGAGGAAGGCUUACUGGAUUGCAACAAAGUUAUAACUAUUGGUUUACGAGGCCAUGCUGCGCUGCCGGGUGGUGAUUGGAAAGUACCAGGUUUUCGUUAUGUAUAUGCACAAGACUGUUGGUACAAGUCACUGGCCCCAUUAAUGGAAGAUGUACGCCAACAAAUGGGUGAUACACCAGUUUAUAUCAGUUUUGAUAUUGAUGCACUGGAUCCAGCAUACGCACCGGGCACAGUGUUACAAUUCAGAAAAGGGGUGUGGGAAAAUAAAAAUACAAAGAAAUGGGGAAGUGGUGGGAGGGUGAAAAAUACAAGACAGCCUGGAAAACAAAAUACUGAAGCAGACUGGGAAUCUUCUGCCACUAGGUGGCGCUAUAUACUGGUGGCUACACUGCAACAGAGAUAA